AUGACUGAUGUCGCUGAACAAUUUCGUAUUACAGCAACUGGAGCUAUUGUUGGAACACCAGCCUACGCGUCCCCUGAGCAGAUUGAGAGCCAGUCAGAUGUCGACUUAAGAACCGACAUCUACAGUCUUGGUAUCAUUUUCUACGAACUAUUGACCGGUCACCUUCCGUUUGAGGCUUCGUCGCCGUUGACGCUACUGCGUAGAAUUCUCGAAAAUGAGCCGCCGCCGUCCCACUAUCAGCCCGAGUUGAGUAGGGAAAUCGAUGAAGUCUGCCUGAAGGCGAUUGCGAAGCAAGCAAAAGAUCGAUUUCAAACGAUGGAAGAAUUUGAGACUGCGCUUCACGGAAUUGGGGUUGCUUGUGCUGUUCACGCAAACAUCACAACUGCUGGCGGAGUCAUCGAUCAGUCCGAGCAGCGAGCGUCAACCAAUCUAAUUCAGCAACUCAGGUCAUGCGUUGACAACUUAAGCGUUGGUCAAAAGCGAUUUGCUCUCCUGCUUCCAUUUGUUGCCAUCGCCCUCUGCUGGCUGCUCUUAUUUCGGGAUCAACCUCAGGGGACCUUCAAUCGAGUAACUGCGAAGUCCGGUUACAGGCCUGCGUCUCCAGUCUCAGAACUCGGAGGUCAAGAGGCGGUUCGUCAACCGGAGGCUGUUGACGAAGCCGAUGAUGUCGGACAGGAAAUGCAGGAAGCGGAAAUCGUCGUCAGCGAUACUGAAUUCAAUUCAAAGGACCUGCGAGUUCAAUUGCCAGUUCCGCUGGGAGGAUGGACAAAACUGACAGGCCGCCUGUGGCACGCAAGGCUACAGCGAGAUAAUGCUUUGCACUUCAAAAUCUACAUGAGAUGCGUUGAUGAGCAAAUCAUCGCAGGCCGAAAGCAUCAGAUUCUCGAAUUCGAGGUGACAACUUUAAAUAGCCAUCAUCUUGAACAAGCCAGCUUGUUGGUCGAUGUCGAUGCCUAUCGUGAUCACGGUGAGUUCGUCGUGAAUGAGGGGUGGUUGAUGGCUCCACGUGAUCAGAUUUUCGAGAAGUAUGUUCAGGAUCCCGACACAGAUCCUCUCUCCCAUCGCUACGCAAUUGAAGGUGUUGAUCUGCCCAAAGAGCGGCUUUCGAUCCAGGAUAUCCUGGCGUUUCUUUACAACGCUGACGUGAAGACCACCGAAGGGAUAUUUCGACGAAUGCAUCUCGACCUUGAAGCGGAACGACGAUUCAAGGACCAAGAACUUGACAUCGUCCCUCCAAGUGGUGACUUGCCCUUUCAUACCGUCAGAACAAAGGAGACAUCUGAAGAAUUGCCUGUCGAUUAUGAAAUGCAAUUAUGCUGGGAUUCUAAAGAAGUCCCCUUCACAUGGGGCUCGGUGACACUGAAUUACCAGCAACUUAACAAGCAGAUCUUCGAGGCUCGUCUACAACGGGACUGGGGCGGCUUAAGAGAAGGAGAAAACCUCGCAGAGUUGCCAGCCCCUGACUGGACGCCAGAAGCUCAGGACCCGAUUCCAUACGAAAACUUUGCAUAUAUCAGUCUGCCCAGCGAAGAGGGAGCAUGGUGUCGUUACGAAGCGAAUCUCGCAAUUCCGGCUGGCAACAAAACACAAAGCAUCAAACUGAACCGAGUCGAAGUCAGAGUUCUGAAUCAGGAGAUCAUCGACAAUACCCCUUAUCGCUGGAUUGAAGUUGAUGUUCAAACGGGAGGAAGUUUGUCUCAAUCGCGAAUCACUGAAACCGCUAGGUUAUUAUUGAACGAGAAGCGAUAUCACGAAGAAAGGAAAUUCGAAUUCUUUCAGGACGAAGCUCAACGUCAAUUCCUCGCAGCGACGCAACUACGUGUCGGUAACGGACAACCAGUUUACGUACGUUUUGUACCAGAAGAACAAGACGGCGAAGACCGCAUGAAACGUUUACACGGUGAUAAGGUCCCUGUGAGAGUUCCGAUUCGCAAUGUGAUUUCACUGUUGUUCGGCGCACGUCUUACACCAAACUUUUUGCCUUUCGAUAUCCGAGAACAUGUCUCUUACGCUCUGACCGAUGGACUUCUUCGCAGACACUUCCUUCCUAACAAAGUGAGAUCGAUCCCCGAACAGGGUGAUCUUUCCUGCCUGCUAGUUCGCCCUGGUCGUCCAGUUUCAAUCGCAAAGGGAAAUAACGUCCCGCCAACGACGCUCGGAUACGACAUCUAUAUUUCAGAAGAUGCCAAGGAGUUUCCGUUUCGCUGGGUCGAGUUGGACAUGAACCUGUUUGAAGAGAAGAACGGCUGGCUGGGCAAUCGUCUGUUUGGAGGGAACCUGAAAUUGAGGGCUUUCGGAACUGGGGCGAGAUCAAUUUUUCGUGAAAAAAUGGAUCACAUUGUCUCCGAACUCGACCCGGCCGAACGAUUGGCCUUAGAGAAGUCAAAAAUCUACCGUGAAAUGGCGCACAAAUUCGUCCAAGAAGGAGAGACAUCGGCGAGCGAUCAGAACAGAUCCGAAGCCAUCAAGUGGUAUCAAAAAUUCAUCGACAAUUGGCCGGAAACACUGGUCGCCCACGAAUUUCGAAACAAGAUUGACGAUCUGGAGCGACCGCAGGAAUAG